CCAAACCUCGCCCAGAGUCAGGCGUGGAAAGCAGCCUGAGCGGCGGAGGCGGCGGCGGGCGGCGGCGGCAGAGACCGCCGUGGCGCCGGGAGCAGCGAGCCGAAGGGAACGCGGAGCGACAGCGACGGCGGGGACCCGGUGACAGCGCGAGAGGUACUGAGUGUAACACGUCUGCAUCAUGCGUGAAUAUAAGCUCGUCGUUCUUGGCUCAGGAGGUGUUGGAAAGUCAGCUCUGACUGUACAGUUUGUUCAAGGAAUUUUUGUUGAAAAAUAUGACCCUACGAUAGAAGAUUCUUACAGAAAGCAAGUUGAAGUAGAUGCACAGCAGUGUAUGCUUGAAAUCCUGGACACUGCAGGAACGGAACAAUUUACAGCAAUGAGAGAUUUGUACAUGAAGAAUGGCCAGGGCUUCGCUUUGGUUUACUCGAUCACGGCGCAGUCCACGUUUAAUGACUUACAAGACCUGAGAGAGCAGAUUCUUCGGGUUAAAGACACUGACGAUGUUCCAAUGAUUCUUGUGGGCAAUAAAUGUGACUUGGAAGACGAAAGAGUUGUAGGGAAGGAACAAGGUCAAAACCUAGCAAGACAAUGGAACAACUGUGCAUUCUUAGAAUCUUCUGCAAAAUCAAAAAUAAACGUUAAUGAGAUCUUUUAUGAUCUAGUGCGGCAAAUUAACAGAAAAACUCCAGUGCCUGGCAAGGCCCGCAAAAAGUCGUCAUGCCAGCUGCUUUAAUGUCCUGGGUGUGUUGUAGCUCUGAGCCAGGUCUGAAGAACUGUUGCCCAAUUCAACAGUGCCAGCAUUCCAACUUUGUAAACCUACCAACGUCUUCACUGGACUUUCCUGUGGUGGUGCCCUUGAGGCGGAUGAAAGCCACUGUAUCAGUUUGCACAUUCUAUCACUUUUCCAGUUCACGAGAGAUUUUUACUUCUAUACUAGGUUCUAGAGUAUGCAGCUGGUCAGACCAGAGGCUACAUCCAGUAUUACUGCUAAGAGACAUUCUUCAUCCACCAAUGUUGUACAUGUAAGGAAAUGGUGUACUGUAUACUUUACCACACCCCAUACUUUGUAUCGGAGAGGACAAUAAUGUAAAUCCUAAAAGCACCACUAUUUUAGCAUAAUAAAAGAAAGUCCAAAGAGCUCCUGUAUAGACUACUCCAGAUAACUUCGCUUCUUUGAUACUUGUAGCUUAUUGUAAUUUUUUUUAAAUUCAAGGUCAUUAUCAUUGUAUUAUACAAAAAUAAGCGCUUUGAUUAACACAGCUAUAUAGUUUUUUUAAUUUUUCAAAAUCCUGUGGAGACAGUGAUCUUGUCUUUAAAAUAUGAUAGUCCUUUCAGUAUAAUGUCUUAGAUUAAAGACGUUGCCUUUAAUAUCUGUUGGAAAGGAAAUGUCCAGACUUUUCAAAUCUCCUUAUUAUAUGUUUCCUUUUUUGUUUACAUAGGGAACAAUGUUUAUAGUUGUGUGUACAGUGGGGGUCUACAACAAGAAGUGUAUAUUUUCAAACAAUUUUUUAAUGAUUUAACAAUUUUGUAAAUCAUUUCCAGGCUUCUGCAGCUGUAGAUUCUCACUGUGACUCCUUGCUUGCUCAUGCCUACGUGUGUCUGCAAUACCAAAUACACAGGGGUAGUGCUGUUGCCUGUGAGUGGUUGUUUCUCAUGUGACGAGUACUGUGGAUGUGAAUGUGGGAAGUAAUUUUAAUCAUGUGUAAUUGGUCACAAGGCCUAACCGCAGUAAUUCUUGCUGUUUUAUUUAACAAUGCCUUGUUGCUUUGUGUGCAUUAACGUUUGGGUGUAAAGACUGUGUGUCCAUCCAACAGGGAGCCACGGUAUUUCAAUUGACCGACCUGAUGUUACAAGGACUUGGAGGUGGCCGAAUGUAAACUAAAGCCUUAAUCACAGUGGUGCAACUUUGUAUAACUUAGCAUCCGUAGUUCAAUAAAUCUGGAUUGCCGUGCAAGGGCUUGCAUUAUAAUUACUUGCCACUUGAAUGUGUUUUGUGUAAUGUUUUAACAGUGCUAGUAAAUAAAUAUGGGUUUACCUUUUUAAAUGUAAUAGGUGUUAUUUUCCACAGUGUGAUUUCAUAAUUUAUAACUUACAGGUAAACCAGACUCUUAAAUCCAAGAUGUCAGGAUUUGGUUUGUUUGGGUUUGGGGCGUUUUUUUCCUAGAUUUGUUUGGCUGUCCACGUAAAACUACCCUUUGAACUUUUCCUUGAGAAAGAAUGUUGUAAUUCAAGCAGUAUUACACAUGAACAGACGCCUUUGGCUAGUGUUCAGUGGCUCUUUGAGCUGGGAAAAGGAAGAAGGAUUAAAUAGUUUGGGAACUACACUAUGGGUUUUUUUUAAUGCAGAAUGCAAAUUUUGGGAAACUAAUACACAGAAGUUUGCACCAAUUAUGCUUAAAAUAUUAAUAAGGUUAUAAAAUUUUUUGAUGUUGACUCAUGCUACUUUUCUUUUAUAUAACAGUGUUUGUCUCCUGUGUGCUAUCAUUGAAUUCUGUGAUAUUUGUAAAGAAGCUCUUAUACUUUCUCGUAGCAUUUACCAGCUGCUGGAGCAUCCACUUAAGUGGUACCUUCUACCCUGCAGGUGUGCCAGUCCUCGACACAUGCUGUUUGAAUGGGACAUUAAAGGCUUUCAUUUUAAGACA